AUGCCGGCGGCAUCCAAGGAGAUGGUGGAAUUGUAUGGGCUGCUCCGUGGCGUGCUGGUCACUGACCGACCUGGGCAAGAUGGCAUGCCCGUGGACAGGCUGGCGUCGGUCUGCUCCUUCAAGCCACGUCUGGCAAAGGAGGAGGAUCAGCUCAGAGCAGCCAUCACCUUGGACGCGGACUUGGAGACCAAUGAGUACUUCCUUCAGGCAGAGCAAGCCUCCGAUGUUCAAACGGCCAACUCCAUCAUCACCUCCUACGGGACAAGUGCCAUGACCGCGCUGGCAAACAACUUCGGCGCGGGCCUGUCGGCGUCUGCAGGCACGCCGAAAGUGGCCGGAACCGGCUCUGCUGGUGUUGCUGAGUCCUCUUCCAGUUCCAGUGGCGACGCCGUCCGCAGCAGAGAAAGCGCCACACGAAUCCUGCAGUCCAAAACCAAGGAGCUCUCGAAGACCCGGUACUACUUCGCUCCCAAGCUGGCCAUCAACAUCGACCCCUACCAGUUGCAGGCAUCCCCCGAGUUCGGGCUGAGCUGGUCAGAAAUUGCAUACUUGCUCUGUCAGCAGAAAGGUGGCACUGAUUGCACCAAGUUCCAGGUGGAGGAGAACGUUUACGGCGUAGAAUUUGCCGAUGACAGCAAGCCUGAUGAAGCGCGGGCGACAACUGUGGUCAGCUUCGUUGCCACAAACUUCGCCACUACGGCGACUUUGUCCGCCAGUGUUCUGCCAACUUUCGAGGGCGCGAUUCGUGCCGCGUUCGAAGGUACCUUGACGGUCGAAGAUGGGGAGCAGAUUGUCGUCGAGGUAUCCUACCCAAGUGCCUUGGUCGUGGAGGACAUCUUCAGCAACGUUCAGGUGGUGGUCAAGAUUCCGCCCAAGCCUUACCCCGGCGCCAAACCGACCACGACGCGAACUCGGCCCGAGUGGUUCCGCCAAUGGUUUGCAAGAGGCUGGAUGAAGUCGUCAAUCCUGACUCAGCUUGCCAUUCCUCCGAUUUUGAAGAAUGCGCCGGUCAGUGUUGGGGAUACUGAUCUCGCGCGACUUUCCGUUACAACAGAGGACACACCGCCGCCAGCGAAUACUUCUCUGGUUAUGGUGAGCAAUACCUCGGAGGUGGUGACUGACGCACAAGUCGACCAGAAAGUUCGUGAGCUGAUCUACAAGUUUGGUUCGCACAUUUGCCCGGACGCUGUGCUUGGUGGCUACUGGCGCAUUGACGCCAAGUACUCGAGCUUGGAGACGAAGGACCGCGUCGAAGUGGACAACAUUGUGACCAGAGCCAUCCAGUCAGCAGAAACAGAUUCCAGAGCCUUCAAUGCCGCUGCAGGUGUCGCAGGCGUCAGCACCAAAGGUGCGGGUGCUGCGGGGGCUGCUGCCGAAGGUGGCGAAUCCGAAUCCAGCAGCUCAAGCUCGGAUGAAACUCAGGGCGACGCCCAGGAAUCUGAGCAAGCAUCCAAGACGACCAAGCUCGAGAUCGAGCAAUCUUGGAAGGGCGGAGCGCCAGGGACGCAGCCAGCCGACUGGAGGCGGAGUUUGGACGAGGCUUUCAGCUCCAACUGGAAGAUCAUCGACCACGUCUUCCCGAAGUGUGUGGGAAUUUGGCGGUUUGUGAAAGAUGCAGACACCCAGCGGAAGCUGUGCGAGACUUGGCUGGAGAUCUACUUGGAAGAAGGCCCGACUGCUCACGUCACCAAGCGCAUCGAGGAGUCUGCCAGGAAAAAGGCUUGCGAGAGCACGCUGUACAUGAACGCCAUUCGCCAGGAAGCGCAGGAGCUUGUCCGCCUGGACAGCGAAGCGAGCACGCGGCUGUCGAGGGAACUCUGUGAGUCCAACCAGGCGUACCCUCACUUUCGCUUCACACCUACAAGGCUGAGGAGUCCCAACGCUACCAUGGCGGCAGUGCAAGGAAUCCGCCUUGGCCUCGACCAGGAGACUGUCACCGUUUUCGAGUUCCAGCCCCGGCCAGUGGAUGGCAUCGGCUGGGAAAUCCCGCUGGGAACUUCCAUAAAUGUUCGCUUCGCAUCAGCCCAGUCCGUGACCGACUUUUCAUUCCUCCUCACCCCGGACAAGUAUGGUCAGGACCCCAUCGAGUUCAAGUUGGAGGCGACUCAGGACAAGACACACGGCCCAUGGAGAACCCUGCUGAAAUUCACACUGGAUGAACGCGCUCAGGUUCUGAGCGACGCCCCGGCUGCUGGCGAAAGCACGACCUUCCGUGAAGCCUGGUCUAGGUGGAUCCCCGUUCGAGGUGCAGCCGAAGGCUACUUUUGGGACAACACAGAUCAGACGUGCAAGGAGAAGCAGUGCCUCUGCACCGCUGAAGAUGGCACGAACCAACCUGGCACCAAAGGCGCUGGGAUGCUAAGUUUGGAGCUCCAAGUUGGAGCUCAGGGGCAAAUUAUCUUCUGA